UUUAUUUGUUUAUUUAUAGCUAGUACAUGAGAAAUAGCUCAAUAGACUAUCUCUCUCUCUCUCUCUCUCUCUUUCAGUAUAGUAGUAUUCACAUCUCAGAUCAGAUCAGAUUUGUUUCUUCCCAAUUUCUCAGAUCCCAAGAUCACUUGAAGAAUCAUUCAAGAUGAUGAAAGUGGUGCUGAAAUUAGAAUUACGCGAUGGGGAUGAGAAAGCAAAGCAAAAAGCCAUGACCACUGCCUCUGGGCUCUCAGGGGUUGAAUCAGUUGCCAUGGACAUGAAGGACAAGAAGUUAACGAUUACAGGCAAGUUAGAUCCCGUCAAAGUGGUGGGGAAGUUGAGGAAAAUAUGCCCAACUGAGAUUCUCACUGUUGGACCGGUCAAACAGGAAGACAACAACAACAAGAAGAAAGAGGAUCCUAAGAAGGACGAUGGCGGCGGCGGUGGUGCUAAGAAAGACAAUGAUGCCGGCGGUGCCAAGAAUAAGGACGAUAAGCAGCAGCAAUCAAAGGAUAAUCAGAAGAAGCCUGCCGGAGGAGAUCAGAGCGCUGCCGUCAAAGUCUUUCCGCAACCACCACCACCACAGUUCUAUUAUCAAUAUCAAAAUUACCCUCCUCCCCAAAUGAUCCAGCAGCAACAACAUCCCUAUAACAUGAAUUAUUACCCUAAUCAUUAUAAUUACAGACAACAACAGCCAGAACAACAUGAUCAGUCAGAUACUUGUGUCAUUUCUUAAUGCCUUUCUUUCAUUUCCCCUUUUCUCUCUCUUACAAUGUAGCUAGCUAGAGAGAGAGAGAGUGUGUCAUUUGUUUGGAAUAUUUUAAUUAAAAAUAUCUUGUUGUAAUUAGGCUAGGUAAUUAUUAUUUUAUUGAAGUUUAUUAAUUAAUAAUAAUAAGAAGAAUGGUUUUGAUCUUAUCUCUC